AGUUUCAGUGGGCGAGGUCAAGGCCAGCGACUCCUAUCUAGGAUAUUAUCAUCGUGUUUGCACGUUUGGUGCGUUUUGACAAUCAGGGAACAAAUUUGGUCUUUCUAUCAUCUUACCGCUUCUAGAUAUCAUCGGAAAUUAAAUCAUUCUAAAUUGGAUCAAAAUGAAGUCAGCGUGCUUUGCUUUGGUUAUCUUUUCCAUCCUAUGCCAUGUUAACGGGUUUAACACGCCUAUAGGCGUGUUUAGAACGCAGGAUGAUUUAGUACAUCAGGUGGUAAAGCUGAUUGCUGAUAAUGCUAAGAACGUGCAAAAGGACGAUGAAAAUUAUGUUGCCGUUGCGGAAAUUAGGAAGAGAAGGAACGUAAACGUCACUGCAGUCGCCUAUGUGGAAAGCGAUUUAAAUUCUUGCUCUAUGCCGAGCAGUAGUAUCAGAAGUUUUUGUGGCACGAGUUAUACUUCUCCGACAAUUAUGGUCAAGAGACUUGAUAAAGCGAUGGGGCUGAUUGCAAACUCUUUCUCUACCUUACAAGUAACGCUAGGAAGUACCUGCAGUAGUGCGGUAAAGCAAAUUUUAUGUACAGGAGCAUACCCGAGAUGUUCAAGUGAUUCUACUGUCGCUACAUAUGGAAGUAUUGCUAGUGGGUGUAGCGGGCUUAGCUCAUGUCCCGCCAAUACUAUCAGUUUAAAUGGACAGACAGGAACUCAGAUAUGUACUUUAUCAGGGAGACAAAUCAGUUUAACUUCCUGUGGAAGAUAUAGCAUGAAUUCAUUGAAUUCGUUUCAAUGCGGAACAUUACCUUCGAAUAUUACUUUUCCAACUUGGUUGAUACCUGAGCUGCCAGGUCAAAGUGUUGCUAUUACCAACUUGAGAAAUACUUUAAGUAGGGCUGGAAUUGGAACCAGCUGCACUAAUAGGUGGGUUAGAAUCUCAUGCCGCAAUGUACCCUUUUGUAGCAGUGAUUCAAAAAAGCUUCUCGGUGUAAUAAGCAGACAAGAAUGUGAAGCUGCGAUCAAUUGCUUGCCAAAUAAUGUACAAGCGGCUAUCAAGCUACUUUAUGAAUGCAGUAUUUUUCCUGAUCAAAAUGGACAAACCUAUGCAGUGCCUCCAAAUCAAGGAUAUACUAAUCAUGCGUCAUCAGUUGUGAUCUCUUUAAGCAUCAGUGGUUUUUUAUAG